GGACCACCGGCUUUCGAACGCUGGAAGCCAUCCGGCUGGUCCAUCUCGCCGGUCGAGUCGCCACCCUCCUGCUCAGCCCUCGCCCAACGCCUGGGAGGGACAACUGGGGCCAGAUCACGCCAGCGGCGCCCGGGGUCGGCACCUGUCAUCGGUCAGCGGUGCGAUGCUCUACGCGCUCACCACAGCGGCGGCGUGGCUCGUGGCCGGGGCGGCGGCAUCGACGCCAUGUUACAGGAGUGGAGGUUCGGAGGGCGCCCUUGCGGUCGCGGCACGCCUUGCAACGGAACGGAAGGCGAGAGCGAGCGAGCGAGUGAGCGCAUCGCCCGCCGCCGCCGCAGGCAUGGAUCACCAUCCAUGUCGCCAGACUGCCUGCUUGCAACUGCUGCACGUAUGACGACCCGCCCCUCGGGUGCCCGCCAGCUGUGGUUGGCGGGGGCGCUGCGUCGCAUCCCGCCUCGCUGACGCAUCACAGAGCCGCCCUUGUCCAACAGCGUCGGCUGCCACUACAGAUUGGCGACGGGCGACGAACGUUGGGCACGCGAGGGGUACUGCAGUGGGGGAGGAAGUGGUGGUGGUGGAUGACUUCAUCAUCACGUCCUUCCAAGGAUGACGGCGGCAUCGCCAGAUUGCAUCUCACGACGGCCUCGGCCGGCAGGUACGUAAUGGUGGGCGCGCCAUUGGCCACGCUGGUCAUGUGAGCCCUGUUCUCUCACAACACCAGCGACGCCGCCCACGACGUGAUGGAUGGCGGCCCCGAGACGGAUCCAGUGACGGGUGGUGUCUGUGUGGAGCUCGAGCCGAUGCAUCGCUGGCCUCGCCCACCCGCCCGUCCGUACUGUACCAAGUACUAACUACUAGACACCACCAGCAUCCCUGCGCCAAGGUGCAGUGGCACCGCGGGCGUUCAUCUACAACCAACGCUUUCGCGACGCCGGGCCCUCCGCUGUGCGUCCACUUGCACUUAGGGGUAUAGCGGCGGACAAACUUCGUCGAACGAGUUUUCCGUCGCCAGGUAUAAAUGGGGAGCCACCGUGGACGGGCAUUCCCUCGCCUGAGACGACUCCUCUUCUCUUUCCACCUUUUUUUCCUCGUUCCCACGCGUCCAACAGUCACUCCAUCUGAAGCGGCUGUUCCUAGAUCUCUUCCAGAAGCAUUUAAUUGCCCAAACAAGCAACUGCCUAGCCAGACAGCAGCCUGAGCUGACUAAGCAGCUUUCCUGCAAUCGCCAACGUAUACCGCCUCUUCAACGGGCCCAAUUGUACCGGCCCAGAACCGAGUCGCCAGAAACUGGACUCAUUCAAGAAGAAGACCUUCCCCAUCUCCCACAAUGGCCCCCCACGCCAACGACGUCGCCGCCCGUAACGGCGUCACCUCGCGCUUCCACGCCGCCUCGACUGAGGCCGCCAUCAAGUCGGAGAACGAGCACGCCGCCCACAACUACCACCCCCUGCCUGUCGUCUUCGCCAAGGCCCAGGGCGUCCACGUCUGGGACCCCGAGGGCCGCCAGUACCUCGACUUCCUCUCCGCCUACAGCGCUGUCAACCAAGGCCACUGCCACCCCGAGCUCGUCAAGGCCCUGACGGAGCAGGCCAGCCGCCUGACUCUGAGCUCCCGCGCCUUCUACAACGAUGUGUUCCCCAAGUGGGCGGAGAAGAUCCGCGAGGUCUUUGGCUACGAGAUGGUUCUGCCCAUGAACACGGGCGUCGAGGCUACCGAGACCGCCGUCAAGAUUGCUCGCAAGUGGGCCUACAAGGUCAAGGGCGUUGAGCCGGGCAAGGCCCUCGUUUUUUGCGUCACCAACAACUUCCACGGCCGAUCCAUGACCGCCAUUACCCUGUCGACCGACCCCGAAUCCAAGGACAACUACGGCCCGUAUGUCCCCAACAUCGGUGCUUCCAACCCUUCCAGUGGCAAGCCCAUUCGCUUCGGCAACGUCGCCGACCUCGAGGAGGUGCUGGAAGUCCAUGGCAAGAAUACCGCCGCCUUCCUCGUCGAGCCCAUUCAGGGUGAGGCCGGCGUGGUGGUCCCCGACAAGGACUACCUCAAGAAGGUCCAUGAGCUGUGCAAGAAGCACCAGGUGCUUCUUAUCUGUGACGAGAUCCAGACUGGCAUUGGCCGCACGGGCCGCAUGCUGUGCUCCGAGUGGUCUGGCAUCAAGCCUGACAUGGUGACCCUGGGUAAGGCCAUCUCGGGUGGCAUGUACCCCGUUAGCGCCGUCAUGAGCAGCAAGGAGGUGAUGCUGGUGAUCGAGCCCGGCACGCACGGCUCCACGUACGGCGGCAACCCUCUCGGCUGCGCCGUCUCCAUCCGCGCCCUGGAGCUGGUGCAGGAGGAGAACAUGAUUGCCAACGCCGAGCGGCUGGGUAACAUAUUCCGCGAGAGCCUGGCGGCGCUCAAGUCGCCAAUCAUCAAGGCGAUCCGCGGCAUGGGUCUCUUGAACGCCAUCGUCAUUGACGAGGCUGCGGCGUCGGGUCGCACGGCCUGGGACCUGUGCAUCCUGCUCAAGAACAAGGGCCUGCUGGCCAAGCCGACUCACGGCGACAUCAUUCGGUUCGCGCCUCCCCUGGUCAUCACGGAGACGGAGCUGCGCAAGGGCAUCUCCAUCAUCACCGAGGCCAUCAAGGAGCUGCCGACGGUGAAGAAGGCCGCGGGCCACUAAAGGACGACCUCGGAAGGUCGGAUCCGGACACACGUGAGCGCACGUGAGCACAAGAUCCGGGAUGUGAUGAUGAAUGACAACCGAUACUUCGUACACACACAAGACAGCGUUUUCGUCGUAACACAGAUACCCCUGGGAAUAUUGGGCUGGUCGGCCUCAUGUGCUACCGGGCACUUUGCACCGGCGCAACGGAGCAAACGAGACAUGGGAAAUUUGAUAGAACAGGUUGGGUCGAGGAGGCGGGUUAGGAAAGAGAGGCGGCCGCGUACGCGGCUGGUUGAUUUUCCUGACGUCUGCUGGACUCUGGUCUAUGGGCGCAGUAUAGCACAGUAGCACCAGAUGAAAUGGAAUUUAAAGAAUGGAA